UCAGCACAGCAGUCUAUGAACAUCUGGCUAGUUUCUCUUCUAGUUAUUUAUCGUACCUUAAUGGCAUACCAGACACAGACCACAAAUAUCCCAAGGUAUCUUCUCAGUGAAUGAAAAGAUCAGCUUAAGGAUCAGAUUGAUAGAAGGGGAAAAAAGGAAAAGAAAAAGAAGCGAGUCUUAAAAGGGGUCAUCCCUUCCUCAAAUUAAAGAAUGUCAACAAUAGAGAUGGUGGCACCGGCUGAGGCAGGACAGACAUUUCAAGGACAUCUUGAGCCACACAGGAAGAGGAGAGGGCGGGGUAGAAGUGUGAUAAGAGGCGGAAAUCUCCAGGGAUCUUGACCCCUUGAGCAGAAAGUGAAAGAAGCCCCUGGUUUUGAUUUCAGAGAAAUGUCAUUUGUCAUCAGCCCAGGAAAAGGAGAUUUUUCUCUUCGAAGACCACCACAGGUUUCCUGGGGUUGCCCCCCUCAGAGUCUGCUGGGAGGAUCUGAGUCACACACACACACACCCAGCCCUUGCUGUGGUCCAGAGGACAAGGGUCAACCUCACAGAAUAAGAGGGAGAGAGGGACGAGGCGUGGCCUCCAGCUCCCCUGUGAUUCAAAUUCCGCUUCUGUCCUUAUAUUUCUGAGGUAUCAGAAAUGAUGUCCAGCUACUCCACACAAACGUCUGUCACCCCCAAGACAGAACUAAUGGCGGCUGAAUGUUGUGCUCUGCUGGCAGACCGCCUCCUUGUGCGUGGCAAUUGUCUUCGCCCCUCCUCCAAAGGGCAUCAUUGACAUUUGAUGCAUGAGAAGGCAGAGGCUCAGACAGAUGACUUGCCCAAGCUGACUCAACUAGUGAUGGCACUGGUGAGGCUCAGCCUCUGACUGUCCCACAGGUGCAUGGCUUUGACUAUAAGGAAUUUACAAAUCAGAUAGAGUUGGGGUGGGCGAGGAGGCAGUCUGGGUUGUUCCAAGUAGACGGGUAGUCUCUUGUCUGAAGGUAUAAUGAAGCCACACCCCUUUGGGGGACUGUGGCACACUGAUACUUGGGAUGACUGAGGACAGGGGUGGAGCUAGUGGGGGGGGAGCAGGAGCCCCAAGAGCAGUAGCGAGCAUACAAGCAUGUGGUGCUGGGAGGCAGCUACAGAGGCCUGAGAAUAUGCGGUUUCUCCCUCCCCUUUCUGCCAUGGACCCCCCAUUGUGGCUUUUCUUUCCCAGCCUCUGAAACCGGUAGAUUAGUCGAGAGCAAUGCCCCAGACCCCCACAAGACUAAUCAGCCCUUAUGGCUCUGAUAGGCUGGUGCAGUUAGCUGCUAGGCUUCGGCCAGCACUGUGUGACACCCUGAUCACUGUAGGGGGCCUGGAGUUCCCUGCUCACAGCCUGGUGCUGGCGGGUGCGAGCCCAAGGCUGGCUUGCAGGGGCAGGUGGGCCCUGGUUGAAGACAUCAGGCCUUCAACCUUUGCCCAGCUUCUGACCUUUGUGUAUGGAGAGAGUAUAGAGCUUCAGCCUGGGGAGCUGGGGAGGCUUGAAGAGGCAGCCAGAGCCUUGGGGGUGCAGGCCCUGGAAGAGGCCUGCAAACGAGCUCAAAAGGACAAGAAUGAAGACGAUGAUGACGGAGGACUGAAGAGACACCAGGUGUCAGAAGAACUCAUGAGGAGUUCUGAGAGAAGACUGGGGGAUCCUGGAGAGAAACAGAAGCCAGAGAAGGGUCUUAGGAGUAAUGGGAGAGAGCAGGAGAUGUUAGAGGAGCCCAGAGCACCCGGAGAGAGCCCUGAGAGAGCAGGGGUGACUAGGAAGAUGAGAUCAGAGGAGGCCCUCAGGCCAGCCCCCGUGGGCCACAGGGCAGCAGAAAGGAAACAAGGAGAAGCCAUACAAGGUAUAAAGAGCCACGAGGGCUCUGAGGAGUGUCUUCGUGGGUGCCCUGGUCCCCUCUCCCCACCAGGUUCCCCCCUAACCAGCCUCAUUCCCAGGCCCGGGUGGGCUGAGGCCCCUUGGUUGGGAGAGGGCCAACCUGGCCUAUUGAGCAUCUUCCUGUGGCCACCCAGAUGGGGCACUCCCUUCUCCCUUAGCCACCCCGUCACUGCAGCCUGGCAGGUCUGGCCUCGAGACCAGAGGAUCCCACUGACCUUGAGCCACUUCAAAGGUCUCGGGAGUCAGAACCAGCUGGCCUCCUCCAGCCCCACUCCAGGCUCACUGGCGACCUGUGUGGGUCAAGACGGCACACUGAGCUGCCAAUCUCACGAACACUCUCCUUUACCCCUUCCUGCUCGCUCUCGGCCCUAUUCUUGCUCUGUCUGUGGAAAGAGGUUUUCACUCAAGCAUCAGAUGGAGACGCAUUACCGAGUCCACACAGGAGAGAAGCCCUUCUCCUGUAGCCUCUGUCCUCAGCGUUCCCGGGACUUCUCUGCCAUGACCAAGCACCUGAGGACACACGGGGCUGCUCCCUACCGCUGCCCGCUGUGCAGGGCUGGCUGCUCCAGCCUGGCUUCCAUGCAGGCUCACAUGCGUGGCCAUUCGCCCAGCCAGCUGCCGCCGGGAUGGACCAUCCGCUCCACAUUCCUCUACUCUUCCUCGAGGCCAACGCGGGCCUCCAUCUCUCCCGGGAGCCCUACCUCCUCCUCUGCCACCUGACCGGGUGUUGGUAGCUUCUCUGGCUUUGACAAGCGUCCAACCAAAGAAUGAAAGGCAUGCGGGCUCAGCGCGCCCUGUAUUUAGGGCUGCCGAAGUGCUGCGGGACGGAACCACGAACCCUCUCGUGAUGAGCGAGGAUCGCAGAAGUCUAGGCUGGCGAGUCCGAGUUAAAGACAUUUUAAGUUGGCUGGAGUGAAGAUUAACCGGGCACUAUCAAUUUCAUCACCAUAAUAAAGAGUUUGCUGUGUUCUCCAGUCA